AAAAAAGUAAUAAUCAAAAGAUGAAUGCUACAAAGUUUGUUGUGCUUCUCGUGAUUGGCGUUUUGUGUGCCAUUGUCACCGCAAGGCAUGUCAAAGAAGUGUCCGAAGAGACCAAAUUAGGCACCUCUCUUCCAAAAACUACUACCAAAGGCAUUGGAGCUCAGCUUUUUGCUUAUGGCACAACUAACAGCAACUCUUACGUCUCUAGCUAUGCUAGAUCUUCUAGUGGUCCCAAAGGUCCAGACGCCAAUGCAGCUGAAUAUGGCUCCGCAUAUACCAGUGGACAAGUCUAUGCCAAGGGUCGCAAGGCAAAAAUUUCUUCUAAAAGUAGUUCUAAAGCUACAGGAGAAGCUGCAGCUGCAGCGACUCGCAAAGCUGCUGCUGCACGUGCAAAAGGUUAUGUAAAAUCCGACUCAAGGGUGAAGGGUUCCUCUCAGAAGAAGAAGGGCUACAAAGGAAAAAAGAAGAAUUAAGAGUGAGCUGAUCUCAUGCAUGUGUAUAGCUGAAACCUAUUAAUAAUAUCCUACAAACUCACAAUCUCUUUUCUGUUCAUAAAUAAAACCAGAGAUUGUCACCUUUACUUAUUAUAUAUGAAAUGCUACGUACUCUUCCUCUGUAAUGGCUAUUGAUGAUAAAUAAAUAAUCGCAAAAUUU